AUGGGAAUGAAGGUUGCCAAGAAGUACAACCAGAAUGCUCUCGUCAAUCAAGCUCGCAGUCCCCAACCUCCACCAAACACUACCUUUUCAGAGCGCAACCUGGACCCAGCCCUGCACAAGGAGGAUGACGUUGUUAGGCAAACACUUCAUGCAAGGCUGGUAAGAUCCAAUGUGGAGGACAGUGAAGCUAACAGUAGUGGCAGCGACAUUGACGUUGACAAAGACGACGAAGGAGACGGGGGAGAUGGAGGACACAGAGGAGAUGAAGGAGACAACAGAGACAACAGAGACAACAGAGAUGAGGGAGACAACGGAGAUGAGUUGCUUUUCAACGGUUUUAAUUGCUUCUCAAAUCUCGAGAAGGCAAGUUUCAAUGACUCUUUCGAUGUGGGCGAAAUCCUUUCAGAUCAAAACAGCAAAGUCUCCUUCAUGGAGAAGCUUCGGGUGUCAUUCAAUGAACACAAGGAAUCAGUACUAGUAGCUCACUCUACACUGGCUCUUUCAGCAACCGCGGGCACCUCUGAGUUGUCAAGUAGCAAUACAACUGACCUUGGUGGGGUUAUGAGGAAGAAACGCGCAGCAGCAGACUCAAACUCAAUCAUGCAUACCAACGCACACUUGACGACAGUUUGGUGA